AUGGCCGGAAAACCCGCAGUCGAGGUGGCAAAAAUCGCCUGGAAAUAUGACAACAAGUUAAUGUCCUCUAUUCGCUACUUCUCGUGGCAAUACCUGUGGGGUGGACGCGAGUACGGUCUUCAAUUCCACGAUCAAAUGUUCGAGCCAGCUCCCGAAGUGACCGAAGCGUUGAACCGUCUUAAUCUCAAGGAGCCAUGGUUGUUCGAUGCUCGAAAGAAGCGUCUCUCCUACGCUCACACAUUGGCAAUGCACGGCGAGAUUCUUCCCAAGAACAAAUGGACGAAAUGGGAAGAGGAGACGUGGUACUUGAAGCCAUACCUCGAUGAAAUUGAAGCCGAGAAAGAUGCUCGAGCCGGAUCAUCGGGUAUUGUGCCAUCCUGGAUGAAGAGCGGAUCAACCUACGCGAAAUCUGGAUACGGUGGAGCC